AGCUAAACACAACUCUCAAGUACUUUUCAAUAGCCGCAAUAUGUUAAUAACAAGAACAUCGACAACCAUCCGUUCCGAGCCCGAGUAAAGUUUCACGCUCGCCGGCUCCACACUUGCGUCAUCCGCGGAUUCACUCACGACCCAGGCGGCCUCAUAAAAUAUAAAACCCAAACCGCCUUGACUGCAAAAUCACACGCCCCAAUUAGUGCAAUUCGUCUUCAAUCGCCAUGGCCCUCGAGCUCCUCCCCGUCACAGAAGCGGACAUCCCGCGGAUAUCCGACCUCAUCUUCCAAUCCUUCGAAUCGGACUACCUCCACGUGCUGAUGUUUCCGCGCGAACACCUCCCCAGCUAUAAAGAAUAUAUGCAUGACUUCCUCUGCGCAAAACUGCCCGAUCCGAACGUGAAGUCACUCAAAGUCAUCGACCCAAGCCUAUCCGGCGACGCGGCCAUCGUCGGCUACGCGCGGUGGAGGUUCCCGAGUGGCGAGACCUCAACGCCACGAGACACACCAAGCGGAGAAAAUACCACGACAGGCAAGACCUCGACCUCGACCUCGGCCUCAACAACGGCCGUGCCCUUCCCACCCCACGCGAACCAGCCCCUGUGGGACUACUUCGGCGCCGAGAUCGCGAAACUCCGUGGGGUAUUCGUCGACCCGGCGCGCGACUUCGUGCUGGAGUUUCUAGCGACUGAUCCGGUGCAUCAAGGACGCGGGAUUGGUAAGGUUAUGUUGAAGUAUGGGCUGGAGGAGCUAGAUCGGAGGGGGAAUGGGGCGAAGGCGUAUUUGGAGGCCACGGAGGUUGCGAUCCCUAUGUAUAGGAAGUUUGGGUUCGAGGCUUUGGGCUCGAUUAAUGUGCCGUUGGAGGGGUUUGGGGUGGGGGAUAAUGGGGUUUAUACGUCUGUUGUUAUGGGGAGGGGGGCACGAUAGAAUUGGGGUGGUAGAGAGUGU